UGGUCGACACCCACCUAGUGGAUUCACUGCGGUGCACAGGCAGCCCAAUCAGAGUUCAACCGGUGCUGAGCUGACUGGAGGAGGGCUGGGAUUUUUUUUACUGGUGAUUUAUCACAACGUUGUGCUCUGUUGCAUUUUAAACACCCGGUCUUUACAAAAGAGAAAAUAAGAGGCUGAAGAGGAGGAGGAGAGGGGAGGCCCCUCUUAGGACAGCAGCUUAUUUCUUUCAGCUGUAUCAAGGAGGAGAGGAGGAUGCAGACAUAGAGGAAGAGGAGCAGCACUCCCUCCGACACCUCCUUACACCAGCCCUUCUCGUCUGGGUUUUUUUUUACUUCUCUGGUGGUGAUUCUUUCUUCAUCUCUCUGAGCUCCUCUUCUGUCUGAUCAACGUUUUCCCUCCUCCCUCUCUGGCACCUGGAACAAAGGCUGCUACGCUGUUUUCCUUUUCUUUUUUUCUCCUCGGUCUUGUUGAUUUUUUGCCUCGUGAACGCUGAGUCAUCAUGUCUGAUCUGACGCCUCAAAGCGAAACCCCGACUCCCACUACAGACAAGAUCACCCAGGCCGCCCGGGAGACCAUCUAUCUCUGCAACUUUCGCGUUUCCGUCGAUGGCGAGUGGCUUUGCCUCCGGGAGCUCAAUGACAUCUCGCUCACGCCAGACCCUGAGCCAGCCCAUGAAGAUCCCAAAGACCCGAUUGCCAUUGAAAGGCUCAACCUGAUGAACAUGGCCAAACUGAGCAUCAAAGGCCUGAUCGAGUCUGCGCUCAACCUCGGCCGCACGCUGGACUCGGACUACGCACCCCUCCAGCAGUUCUUUGUUGUCAUGGAGCACUGUCUUAAACACGGGCUGAAAACUAAGAAGACCUUCCUGGGACAGAACAAGUCGUUCUGGGGGCCAUUGGAGCUCGUCGAGAAGUUGACCCCUGAGGCCGGAGAGAUCACUGCCAGCGUGAAAGACCUGCCUGGGUUAAGAACUCCUUUAGGAAGAGGACGAGCCUGGUUACGCCUGGCCUUGAUGCAGAAGAAGCUCUCUGACUACAUGAAGACCAUCAUCAAUAGAAAGGACCUGCUCAGUGAGUUUUAUGAGCCGAACGCUCUGAUGAUGGAGGAGGAAGGCGCCGUCAUCGCCGGGCUUCUUGUUGGCCUGAACGUCAUCGACGCCAAUCUGUGCAUGAAGGGCGAGGACUUGGACUCGCAGGUCGGCGUCAUAGACUUCUCAAUGUACCUGAAAGAUGGCGGACACAGCAGCAAGAGUGCAGAGGGCGACGGUCAGAUCACAGCAAUCCUCGAUCAGAAGAAUUACGUGGAGGAGCUGAACAGACACUUGAGUGCAUCAGUAAAUAACCUCCAGGCCAAGGUAGACGCUCUGGAGAAGUCCAACACGAAGCUGACAGAGGAGCUCGCGGUGGCAAACAACAGGAUCAUCACUUUACAAGAGGAUGUGGAGAGAGUUAAGGAAGAGAGCUCGUAUCAGCUGGAGUCCAGGAAGGCAUCAUCAACGGAUGGACAAGUGCUGGGCGAAACCCGGAAGCAGCUCAAAGAGGAAACUCAGCUUCGAUUGGAUGUGGAGCGAGAGCUGGAGGUGCAGAUCGGGAUGAAGCAGGAGAUGGAGCUGUCCAUGAAGAUGCUGGAGAAGGACAUCUGUGAGAAGCAGGACGCUCUGGUGGAGCUCCGACAGCAGCUGGAAGACCUUCGUGCCAUUAACCAACAGAUCAGCCACAAGUCACAGAGUGCAGAUGCCAGCUCCAAACAGAAGAGUGAAGCCAUGGCUCGGCUGGAGGAGAAAAUAAACCAGAUGUCGGGGACCAUAAAGCAGCUGGAGAACAGAUGCAAACAGGCCGAGAGGGAGCGGGAUCUGGCUUUAGAGGCCAACCGGCUCUUCAAACAAGACUUUGGAGACAAAAUUGAGAGUCUGCAGGUGGAAGUGGAGCAGCUGUACAGACAAAGAUAUGGUCUUGAGCAGGAGCUGAGGAGAGAGCGCGAGCUAAAGCGGGAGCAGCACCUCAGCGCUGCUUCCAGAGCUUCUGCUCCAACGAAGAUCAAGCCUUCAGAGAGUCCUCCAAAGCUUCUUUCAGAAUCUGCACCAACCCAAAGGGAGUCGGGCCAGUCCCAGGGUGAACAGGAGGAGAAAACCAGCCUGAGCUCCAGUUUAUCCUUGUCACAUACUGAGGAUGAGCAGGAAAAGAGGUGCCCUGAGAUCACUCCGCCAUGCGUGUGUCCCAUGUGUAAACAGGAUGACUCCCUCCUGAGGACAAAGAAACAAUGCAAGAACUGCUUAACCUUUUUCUGUGAGAGCUGUGUCUCCCACGAGCUGCCGCUGCCUUCCUCCAUCCUCCCAGAGACGGUGUGCGCGUCCUGCUACUCGCAGUUGCUGCAGCAGUACGCGUCGACGCCAACGUGAGCACUCUCAUAAUAUUCGGAGGCAUUAAAACCGGCACUGCAUGAAGCACUUUUUCACUUCAUGGCCUGAAAUGUCAGAAAAGAUCCUUUAAGCUCCCUGAAAUCUUUUUAAAACGUUCAGAUAUUUGCCAGUGAGUCUUGCAUGCAGGUUUUUGACACAGAAGUGUUGCCAUUUAUCCCGUUUUGGUGUUAUUGGCGUCUUCAGCUGCAGUGAUUCAACUAAAGGUGAAAUAUGCUGCUUCAUAGCUGAUAAAGGCACCAUGCUGGACUCAAAAGGAAAUUAACAUUUAAAUGAUCUCAUUCUUUGUUGACUAAUAUAGAAAUAUUGUCCUUCAUCUCCUCCGAAUGGGUUAUUGCAGCAUAUUUAAACAGCUAUUUAACUUUUUAAUGAAUAAAAAUGGAAAAAACUGGAUCUUA